AACACUAAAACCAGCCCAUUCCACCCAGCAGAGAGUUCAGAUCAACUUACUGUACAAGAGGGUCCUGAAACUGAUCUGAACAAACAUCAACAUUCGUGAUGGAUUUCAGUGGGAAAUAUCAGCUGGAGUCACACGAGAACUUUGAAACUUUCAUGAAGGCGAUUGGGCUGCCAGAUGAUGAGAUUGAUAAAGGUAAAGAAAUCAAGAGCAUCUCCGACAUACAGCAGAAAGGAAAUGACUUUAAUGUCACCGUGACGGCAGGAACUAAAAUGAUCGUGUACUCGUUUACUGUGGGUGAAGAGUGUGAACUGGAGACUUUCACUGGAGAAAAAGCCAAAACUGUAGUUCACAUGGACGGGAAUAAACUGACAGUGUUUCUGAAGGGGAUUGAAUCUGUAACUGAGCUGCAUGGAGACACCAUCAGUAAUACGAUGACCUUUAAUGGGAUCGUGUACAAGAGGAUCAGCAAGCGCAUCUCCUGAUGACUGGAAAUAAACCACAAAAAGCAUCUCAACUGAGUUAAAACAAGACACUCUGAUCGAUUGGAAAUGCCUUUAUUACAUGUAGUCAAAUCAGGCAGAUUCAGGCACAUUGUUUCAUGUUUGAUGUUAAUAAAGAUACUGUAUGAGAUCUCUACAUGUGAAAUGUGAAGGGUCUACAAAGCGGCUUUGAUUUGCACGUGUUCACCAGCGACUGUCAUGGGUUUAUUGGUGAGCACGGUCUCCCUCAUGCUGUGAUAAACAUACUCAUUCUGUUUGAACAAGCGCAGCUCCAUCUCCAUCUGCGUCCACAUCGCCUGAAAAACACACAUAUCACAUGCAUUAUUAGAAGCUGUUUAUAAUGUGCUACUGUAUACAAUUAUUCUGCUAAUAAACCGAGUACUAUCACAGACAAAUCUGAUGGGUUUCAC